GUCCAGCAGGCAGAGAGCUCUCCCCCCCCCGCUUUCCAGUUUGGGACUCUGGGCCCGGCGGCUGAGAAACAAACAAUCCGAAAGAGAAAGAGAGGACCCAGACGAGGAGGGGAGACCGAGAGCGAACGCCGCGCGAUGCACCGCUUUUAUUAUUGUUUUCCUCCCUGCAAGGGAAAUGACAUACCGCCCUCCUGCUUCCUGGGGGGGGGGAGUGCGGCGGCAGCAGCGAGGUCGGGACGGGGCGGGCGCUGCUGCUGCUGCCGCCGCUGCCGCUGCCGCCGCUGCCGCCGCCUCCUUCCGCAAAUCCCCGGGGCCGUCCUGGCUUCUUCAUCUCCUGCCCAUUAGCCUCGGAGGAGGCAGCUGGAGAGCGCGUGAAGGGCGCAUGGAAGCGAGACGCGCCGUCGCUCAGCCACCAUGGACGGCUACCCGGAGCGCAGCCGCAGCCCCGACGGUGAGAACCUCUUGGGUAGCAACAGCAUCCUGCGCCAUCCAGACUGGCUCGCUGACCUCGAUUCCCGGCUGCGGACCCAGGAAGAGGAGCUGACCCUGGUGAAGUCGGCAUUGGCAGAUGCGCUGCGGAGACUCAGCUCCUACGACCAGCAGAUCCCUCUGCUCCGGCAGCAGUUGCUGGAAGCAAAUUCCAGUCUAUCAGAUGCCAAAGACCCUGCAGUCCUUCCGCAAGGCAACGGUGCCCUCUGGAUCCUGCCUCCUGCUUUCUCCAACGAUUCUUCCAGUUCACCUGCCACGCAGCAGCCAGGAGGCUGCAAGAAGCCAGUGGUGCCUUGCCCUGAAAGGACACAGGGCUCAUCAAGGGUCAGCACUGGGACGCAGACAGAGGAGUUGGCUGUGCUGGUGGCAAAGGAGGGCCAGUGCUGUAGCAAUGGGCACCUUAAGCAGACUGGGAGCUCGGUGGCUCAAGGACAGCCAGACCAAGCCAUUUCUGGCACAGGGGAGCCAGGCUGCACCCAGAGCUCAGCCAGCGGGACCCCCCUGGAGCCAUGUAAUAACUCCUUCAGAUUGCAGGCCGAUGGAGGAGACGCAGGAUUUGCCUCCGAGAUACGAAAUGUUCAGGAGGACCCCCGGACUGGAGGCAUUGGUUGCCACCUUCCUAGCACUUGUCCCCACGAAGCUCAAGACGUUGGGGAACCUCCCCCUGAAGACAACAGAGACAAAGCCCCCAGCCCGGGGCAGUCCCGGCCCUCGACUCAGCCGCCGGGACAGGAGACGGCAUCCCCGGAGCCUCCAUCGGAAGUGGGGAGCAGCAGCAGCAGCAGCACCCCUGCCUCCCCAGUUCCAGCUGUGCAGAGUUUGAUAGCCAGCAAGAAAGAGCUGCUGCGGAGAAACAGCUCCUCUGACAAGCCCUCCAAAACCAAGCAGCGCCUGUCCAAGAAGGCAGCAUCCUCGGCGAACCUCUUCAACCACUCCACUAGCCUAGAGAACCGAACAAAGGAUCUCUCCCUGAGUCCAGGGCCAUGGAACACUCGGCGGCUGAAUUACAAUCUAGAAGGACUUUCCACUAAGAUGUUUCUGCGGGGCCGGCCCAUCACCAUGUACAUCCCUUCUGAUUUCCUGAACUACGAGGAGCUGCGCAUGGAUCUGCCUGCUGAGAAGCUGCAGUUGGACUGGGUCUAUGGGUACCGGGGCCGUGACUGCCGCUCCAACCUCUAUGUAUUGACAUCAGGAGAGCUGGUCUACUUCAUCGCCUGUGUGGUUGUGCUGUAUCACGUGCAACGGCGCACACAGCGCCACUACAUGCGUCACACCGACUGUGUGCGAUGCCUGGCAGUGCAUCCUGACAAAGUCCGGGUUGCUUCAGGGCAGAUGGCUGGCGUGGACAAGGAUGGCAAGCCACUGCAACCCUUUGUUCACAUUUGGGACUCAUCCACUCUUCUCACCCUGCAACAAAUUGGUCUGGGCAGCUUUGAGAGAGGGGUCGGCUCUGUCGCCUUCUCCACAGCUAAUGAGGGGACAUACCUAUGUGUGAUAGACGAAUCGAACGAACACAUGCUGUCUGUCUGGGAUUGUGCCCGUGGUAUCAAGCAGGCUGAAAUCAAGAGCACCAAUGAAUCUGUCCUGACAGUGGAGUUCAACCCUCAAGACAGCAGCAACAUAAUCACCACUGGGAAGUCUCAUGUCUAUUUCUGGACCUGGAGUGGAAACAGCCUAACGAAGAAACAGGGAAUCUUUGGGAAAUACAAGAAACCCAAGUUCAUCCACUGCUUUGUGUUUGACACCAACGGCAAUGUGCUUACCGGAGACUCAGAAGGCAACAUCAUCACUUGGGCCAGGGUGCCUGCUGACAUCCGUACACUGGGCAAGGGGGCUAAAGAGACGUACCAGAUCAGCAAGCAGACGCGGGCCCAUGAAGGCAGCAUCUUUUCCCUCUGCCUGUGCCGUGAUGACUCGGUGCUCAGUGGGGGUGGCAAAGACCGGCGCCUGGUCCAGUGGAGUCGCAGCCUCUCCCUGCUGCAGGAGGUGGAGAUUCCGGAGCAAUUUGGUGCCGUGCGCACCAUUGCCGAGGGCGAUGGUGGGGAGCUGCUGGUAGGGACCACGCGCAAUGCCCUGCUCCGGGGGAGCUUGGCAGAUGGCUUCAGACCCAUCAUCCAGGGGCACACGGACGAACUGUGGGGGCUGGGCACUCACCCUUCGCGGGACCUUUUUGUCACCUGCGGCUACGACAGGCAGCUCUGCAUGUGGGAUGGUGGGGAGCACACGCUGGCUUGGAGUGUCAUGCUGGAGGAGACAGGGCUCUGUGCUGACUUCCAUCCCAGUGGGAAAGUGGUCACAGUGGGGCUCAGCACUGGACGGUGGGUCGUGCUGGACACGGAGACGCAGCAAGUGUUGUCGGGCUACACGGAUGGGAACGAGCAGCUCUCUGUGGUGCGCUAUUCGCCAGAUGGGGAGUUCUUGGCCAUUGGCUCUCAUGACAACUUUAUUUAUAUAUACAGCGUAGAGGAGAGUGAGCAUAAAUAUACCCGCUUUGGCCGCUGCACAGGACAUUCCAGUUUCAUCACACAUCUGGACUGGUCCAAGGAUGGGAAAUUCAUCAUGUCCAAUUCAGGGGACUAUGAAAUCCUAUACUGGGAUGUGGCCGGGGGUUGCAAGCUGCUGAGGAAUCGCUUUGAGAACAGGGACCGGGAAUGGGCCUCGUACACCUGCGUGCUGGGCUUUCAUGUUUUUGGGGUCUGGCCUGAUGGGUCAGAUGGCACCGACAUCAACGCUCUUUGCCGCUCCCACAACGAGCGGGUGGUGGCUGUCGCGGACGAUUUCUGCAAGGUGCACCUCUUCCAGUACCCUUGCGCCAAGCCCAAGGCACCAAGUCAUGUCUACGGGGGCCACGGGAGCCACGUCACCAACGUGCGCUUCAUGUGCAACGACGGCCACCUCAUCUCUAUGGGGGGCAAGGACACCAGCAUCUUCCAGUGGCGAGUGGUAGGCGGCAGCCUUCCCUGCAGCCGUUCUCUCUCUUCUGCCUCAGUCUCCUCGCAGGAUGCCAGGGUCAGCACCUGAAGAAAUCCAAACCCGACAUGACGACAAAGCCUUUGUGAGAGAGGAGGGUGAGGGAUGACCUUCCUUCCCCGUGACUCAUUCUUGUGGACUGAGCGCUCAGGUGGACGGAUCCGCUGGAAGGCCAACUUAAUUUCCUUUGGCUAACAAUGUGAUUUGCUUUAUUAGCAUAAGGGUGAGAUCAGCCAGGAUAACAAGCAAUCCUAGGCUCAGGAUAACAGGCAUUGUGAAGGAAAAUGUCUCAGCUAUUGUAUGUGAAAGAAGGUGAAGACUUUUGUUCGUUGCCUCUCUGAAAUGGAAGAUUUUGGAGGCAAGGACUGCUUUGAGUGGUGGUGAAGUGGGGCCAUAGAAUUGGGGAAUGUCCAAUUUGGGGGAUGUUUCCUCUUAACUUCACCAAUGUCGACGGCCUUCUCCCCUAUGAGCCUUAAAGAUGCUGGAUUCUGGAUAAGUCCAGAAAAGAUGGCUGAAUGGGUCUCUUUGCAUCCACACACCCCUCCCUUCCUGCAACCCUUCAGUACUUCGUUUACAUUCCUAGUGAUUCUGGCAGAGGCUGGACAUGAUAGUAAAUAGCAAGCACCAAGAAAGGCCUUAACACUGUGAGAGAUGCAGAGAAAUAAACCUUUGCAACCAGA